AUGGCUUCCCGGGACGAGAAUAACCUCAAAGGCCGAAAAGCCGGCAGAACUGGUGCCACUCGAGAAGAGGGCAGGUCCUCUACCCGCGACCGCUCAGCAAUGGACAAGACUAUUUCGCAAGAUCAUUCGAACUAUCAUGGUCAUGUUUUUUCAACAGCCCAUAAGGAAGACGACGGUUCAGACUCUGACGAUGAAUCUGAAAGUGAACGAGCGCACAAGCAGGCGGGAAAUGGAGAAGGCUCUAAGCAAAACGAUGGCCAAUUUGAUGAAGGAGAGGGCGGUAGAGAGGUUCUCUCUGAAGAGGAAGAAGACCUUGCGCAGCGACUAGCUGAACAGUUAAAAGUCAAGCUGAGCGACUUGGUUGAAGAAAAUUUCCCAUCAGGCUCUGCAGCCUCUCGGGUUAUGGACAACUUGGUGUCUACAGUUUCCCGCCUCCAGGUCGAGAACGAGAUGCUCAAGGAAGAACUCCAGGCUAUCAAGACAACCCAGCUCGCAUCCCCGGAACAAGCUUUUCAUGAAGCAAUUGGGUCAAACCAGGGCUCCGAGCUCGUCAAGUUUGUGACUUUCCAUGAGGUGCUCUGUUGGUGCUCCCGUGAGCCGACCUUGACGAGUUACUUGGACCCUCCUCGCCUUUUCAAGGGCGAUACAGAAAAUGAUCAUCUCAGAGGAACCAACGAGGUCGCCCAGGUGAAGGCGUACCUCGAAAGUCACCCAGAAAUUUCGUUUGCAGUUAUUGCACACUAUCGAUGUGAUAAGCCGUCAAUUCGAUCGAUAUUGACCAAGGAAGGGCAGCGCGGACCACGUGGCCGGGUUCUUAUCCAAGAUCAUUGCCCCAAAGAAGGUGGAAAGAAAGGCAUUAUGGUCGGUCCAGCUACACAGACUGGACUACAGGCCAUCAUCGAAGCGAACCCCGACCAGUUUCCUGGUUUUGAAGAUCCUCCUCGAUUUUUCAAUCUGUGGGGGGGUCGCUUCCUGAAAAAAUCCAGCUUCCAAUCGCUCCAAGAGCCAUUCACGCUCUUUUAUUUAUAUGGAAAGACUCUGACCAAGUCUUUCGGAGAGGUCGACUUAGAUGACUUGACAAGAGAGUCGCUGUUGCUGCUGUGUCAGUGGAUGGAGGACAACUUCAGGGAGGAAUGGGACAAAGCUGACGCCUUGUUUGCGCAAGGAAAGAUCGACUUGGCACACUUCCAGCUACUAUUCCGGCCCGGCGAACUAAUCGUUUCUGGUGGCUCUCACGAGGACAGGUCGUCAUUAGGAGGCUCGGUUGUCCCUUGGUUCUCAUUCAACACAGGUGGACUCGAUGGUAUCCAACUCUACACCUGGGUAUUCAACGGCCACCUAUUGUCUUCACGGUCAUCCUUUGAUCCACCACUAGAGCUUUCUUCAACCUCUCCCUCGAGUGACAGCCUUAUUGACAUCACAAGCCUUGACCAUUAUCCACUGAGAUUCGCGUCAAAAGGUGUUAAAGCAGGGCUAGUUGCCCGAGGGCAAAGAUUCUGGGCAUGCAGACGUCAGAAACUCGUUUGUUACAACGAGAAUAUCGCGGGCAGUGCCUUUCAGACUGAGAGGCGAUUCAUGGUUGACUACGAUAUGUUCAGACGCUUACACCCUAGCAACUUAGCUUUCAAACGCGACUUCAUUGAUCAACUUCCUGCAUUUCAAUUCAGUAAUAUUGAGGAGCCACCCGAAGAGUUCUUGUACUGUCUCCCGCCGGAGAUCCACGGAUUUGAUUUCACCACCAAGACCUGGAAGGCCUUGGAAGUAGACCGCAUCACAGAUGUGACGUGGAACAAGAAGGCAUUCUCGCAGCUUGUUGCGCCCCCCGAGACUAAAGAGCUAAUCCAGGCCGUGGUGUCAGCUCAUGGGGAAAGAAAGAACAUGGGGCUAGACAUCAUCGAAGGCAAAGGUCAGGGGCUUCUGGUCUUGCUUCACGGUGGGCCUGGAACUGGCAAAACUCUGACAGCAGAGAGUAUCGCCGAGGAACAGGAGAGGCCUCUGUACAGGGUGACUUGUGGUGAUAUCGGAACUGAGCCCAGUGAGGUGGAACGGUAUCUUGGCGAUGUCCUUGAGAUAGGGAGAGCUUGGGGCUGUGUGGUUCUUCUCGAUGAGGCAGAUGUCUUUCUUGAGGAGCGGUCCUUUUCAGACCAGAAGCGAAAUGCCAUUAUUUCAAUCUUCCUCCGUAUCCUGGAGUACUAUGAUGGCAUCCUCAUAUUGACAACCAACCGCAUCGGCAGCUUUGACGAAGCCUUCAAGUCGCGCAUCCAGCUAGCCCUAGGCUACCCGCCACUUAACGAGGAAGACCGGCUCAAGAUCUGGAGCAACUUUGUGCAGAUGCUCCCUCGCACCAAGGACCGUGUCGACAUGGAGGACCUGCGGAUGAACCUACCCAAGUUGGCGCUGGUCAAGAUCAACGGGCGCGAGAUCCGCAACAUCAUCACCAUGGCGCGGCACCUGGCCAAGUUCCGAAAAGAGACGCUCCGGUAUCAGCACAUGCGGGACGCCCUAAGGUCAUCGCAGAAGUUCAGCGAGUACCUGAACCAGGUCAAGGGCGUCUCAGACGACGACUGGGCGAGGGCGGACAGGCUGAGGUAG